CUGACAGUAUAGCCUUCAGUCUGUGGUCGAAGGUCCAGGAGUCCCAGAGCUGAAGAACUUGGAGUCUGAUGUUCGAGGGCAGAAAGCCCAGCACAGGAGAACGACGGAGGCCAGAAGAUUCAGCCAGCCUAGUCUUUCCACGUUUUCCUUUCUGCUUUUUAUUCUGGCUGCUCUGGCAGCUGAUUAGCUGGUGCCCACCCUGGCUGAGGUGGGUCUGCCUCUCCCAGUCCACUGACUCAAAUGUUCAUCUCCUCUGGCAACACCCUCGCAGACACACCAGGAACAAGACUUUGCAUCCUUCAGUCCAAUCAGACUGUUCUGCGAUGACCACAGCAAGGUACCGGCCCACCUGGGACCUGGCCCUCGACCCGCUGGUGUCUUGCAAGCUCUGUCUUGGGGAGUACCCAGUGGAGCAGAUGACAACCAUAGCCCAGUGCCAAUGCAUCUUCUGUACUCUGUGCCUGAAACAGUAUGUUGAGCUCUUGAUCAAAGAAGGAUUAGAAACCGCCAUUAGCUGCCCAGAUGCUGCCUGCCCUAAACAGGGCCACCUACAGGAGAACGAGAUUGAGUGCAUGGUUGCAGCUGAAAUUAUGCAAAGAUAUAAAAAGCUACAAUUUGAAAGAGAGGUGCUGUUUGAUCCCUGUCGGACUUGGUGCCCAGCGUCCACCUGCCAGGCUGUGUGUCAGCUCCAGGACGUGGGGCUGCAGACCCCCCAGCCAGUGCAGUGCAAAGCCUGCCAUAUGGAAUUCUGUUCCACCUGCAAAGCCAGCUGGCACCCUGGCCAAGGCUGCCCGGAGACCAUGCCGAUCACCUUCCUUCCCGGGGAGACCAGUGCUGCGUUCAAAAUGGAAGAGGACGAUGCGCCCAUCAAGCGCUGCCCCAAGUGCAGGGUCUACAUCGAGCGAGACGAAGGCUGCGCCCAGAUGAUGUGCAAGAACUGCAAGCACGCCUUCUGCUGGUACUGCCUGGAGUCUCUGGACGAUGAUUUCCUUCUGAUACACUAUGAUAAGGGACCCUGCCGGAACAAGCUGGGCCACUCCCGAGCGUCUGUGAUCUGGCAUCGGACACAGGUCGUGGGCAUCUUUGCUGGAUUUGGGCUCCUGCUCUUGGUGGCCUCGCCUUUCCUGCUCCUGGCCACUCCCUUUGUACUUUGCUGCAAGUGCAAGUGCAGUAAAGGUGAUGACGACCCUUUACCCACCUAGAGGAAGCACGAUGCUGGAACAAAUCCCUGCCUCCGGGAAGUGUGGCUCUCCCCCAACCCUCCCCACCGUCCCCCUCUCACUAAACAUCUUUCUUGCCUUAUGUGCCCCAUUGAGCUUCACAGUGUCAGGCUGGACGCCGUGAUUUCAGGGACCUAUGUCACAACGUUCGCUGAGGCCCCAGGUGUGGUCACCUAGGUGUGGGAGGGGGAGGCAGGUGUGGGUAGGGCACAUCCCCACAGAUCAAUCUCUGCAGAUGACAGGGAGGUGCUGUGAGAAGCGCACCAGGCAGCUUUCUCUCUGUGGUAGACUAGGCAUGUCUGGGGAUGGCCUAAGAGACUUUCUCCUCCUUGGCUUCUAGAUGGCUCCAUGUUGUUGGAGAAGUCUUUUAAGGAUUGUGACUCUCUUCAGACAGAAUCUGAUUAUUCCAGCUUGAGAAAAGCACUCUGUUUAUGACAACUGUUUUUAUUACUAAUGGCAUUUAGUAAAAUCCUUUUUAGAAGGUAUUUUUUUUCCAACUGAGUAGUGAAAAUCAACAAGGUGCAUAUAAACCAUCCUAUGCCUUUCUUGAAAUGUGCAUUUUAAGAAGUUACAGUUAAAACGACUUUUCAGGAGAUUUAGAAAGCCUUAUGCACUCUGUGUUUUUCUUGAAACUUGCUGUAAUAACUUUUUGAACGCUGUAAGCUAUGUACUGUUAUAAAUGUGGUUCCUAUAUUGUUGCAUUUCCUUGAUAAUACUGACAUGUUUAGCGGAACAUCUCAUCUCCAUUAGAUUUGCCUUUUGUUGUUUUCUCUCUUUGGUGAUUCAGCUCAGCUCGUGGGUCUCAUCCCUUCUCUCCCAGGUAGCAGAAAACGCCUUUUAUUGUAUUCAGUCCAACUGCUUUGCUCGGAAAUGGCUCUCCUCCAAAUUGUUACUGUCUGGCCUCUGGCCUAAGUCUUCAGGUAGACAGGAAGAAGAAAGCAGCUUUAUUGAUCCGCAGAGGUAGGGCCUCUUGGCAGAGGCUGGAGAACUCUGGGGGCUAAGGAAGAGCCGGCCAGAUUUUCACAUUUUUAAAAUGUUCUAGUCAUUUCGAGAAAUCAUAUAUCUUACACAGUUCCAAGUCCUGUUGCUAACCGUUUUGCUCUUGUUGGGGAAAAGAACCUCCUAUUUCACUUAGUUUUACUGUGGAGAUUUUACCACUUGAUCUUUUACAGGGCUGUCUGUGACCAUUUCCCUGGCAGCAGGAUGCAGGGAUGAAUAAGGAGAAGAAGUUACACAUUACUCCACCAUUACUCCACGUUAUACAUUUCACACACAUUACUCCACCGGCUGACUUUGAAAAGUGGAGAAAGUGUAUUCUUUAAAGAGAAUUUACUUCUAAAAGCCACAGGUGCUUUUACAAAGCAAACUGCAUUGAACUGAAAACUUCUGAAAAUAACAGGCAAAUAUUAUAGAUACAUUACAGUGGGAUUUAAAAAAUCUUGUUAAACAUUCUAUAAAGAAGUAAAACAAAAACAAAAUCCUUUUAUCUCAGUUAUUUACUCAUCACAAGCACAUUUUAAAAAUGCUGCUUUGUGUGUGUUUGACUUCUGCAUUUGAGUACCAGUCUCAGGUCCUAGUUUACCUUCCCUGGUUGGAGAUUUAUUUCUUAUUUCCUAACAUUGAAUUCGUUAGAAGAAACAGCAUCACCUCACUCUUCACCUCUCAUGUUAAUUUUCCUUAUGAAACUGAAGCCAUUUAGAAAAUCCCUGUGUGUCAAAAUGACAUUCAAAACGCUCUCCUUGUAAUUGCGAUUUAUAAGUUCAGUAACUCAAUAAGAACAUGCCUGUGACUCCCUUUCUGGAUGAAACCUGGGCUGUGCCUCUCUGUAGUUUGUGGUGCUGUGAUGGUGUCUACUGGUAGAAUAGCUUUUCUGGAGGUGGGUGGCAACUCCAUGCAGGAGUCAUUGGCUGGGCUUGAGCCCUCAGCCUGUGAUAUGUGGAUGCAGCUGUCCAGCCACUGCCCUUUAAAAUGCCCAGCACACAUGGAAGGCCUGUGGCCCAGUGUCCACCAUAAUCUUGUCCUUCCUGCCUGAAAUUGCUGCUGCCCAUCGCAUGAGCCCACACAGUAGCACCCCCAUCCUUGGGAUGAGAGUCAGAGCCUUUGGAAAGUCUGCAUCCCCAGGGCUAGAGCACAGAUGACCUUAUUUCUAGAGGGACAGGCUGUUGUUCUCUUAGAGGAGUCUCUGGCCCAGUCAUGCACAUCUGUAGCCAGCCAUCCUCGUGCCUUCGCCUCUGAUGUGUUUUACGAGCACGUAGUUCAACCCAGAUGGGACCACAGAGACUCUGGGGCCGGCCAGGGGCAGCCGCAUUAGCACCUACUGGCUCUGACUUUUUGUAUGAAGCAUGCCUCAGUUUGCUCAUUUUGAUCUAGUUACAAAAUUAAAAUUGUCCAUUUCCUAGAUAAAUACCAGCAAGACCACUCUGAGAUACAUAAACUCGCAUUUCCUUCUCUUUUGGUAGGGAAUGCCGCACUCAUCUUUGAUGGGAAUACAGUAUUAACCCUGCUUGAUGUAAAAUGUAAAUAGCACCCGGGCAGAUGGCCCUGGCUUUGGACUUUGGUCUUGCCAUCACCCCCAGUGACACCUGGGAGUUCUGCGUUGAGUGGAUGGACUUACUCCUGUGAAGCGGCAUAAUUUGUCUCCCUUGAAAAAUGGCAUUCACUCUUGCAGACGGUGUUCACUGCAAAGCCCUGGAAGCACAUGGCAGGUGUUCACUAAGAGGCCUUUAAUCCUGGGGAGUAAGGGGCGAAGGCCCUUAGACAACCACGGCUGCUGUACUGCCGCCCAGGUGGGGUGGCCAGUGAGGACUGGCCAUAGCCCAGUGAACCUGUGGCUUAUCUGAGGCCCUUGAGUAACUGACCACAUUUGGAGCUUUUGCUGGACGUGCCUGAUCUCUUGGUCUGGCUCUGCUGUGUCGUCCGUAGCCAGAUGAGUUUGCCCCUCCCAGGAGGCCAGCACCUUGCAAAGAUGCAGUCACCAUCGAUAUCCACAUAGCAGAGACUGAUUAGGAUCUGAGAUAAAGCACUGGAUUGCAGGAAUAACUGUCCAAAUUAGGUCUUCCUCCUCAACUCACAGGAGUAGCUGUGGAUAGAGGAACCAACAUCUGCCACCUCUGGCAUUUUCUUUCUUUUUUUUUGUUUUUUGUUUUUUUUUUUUUAGAUGGAGUUUCACUCUUAUUCCCCUGGAGUGCAGUGGCAUGAUCUCGGCUCACUGCAACCUCCGCCUCAUGGGUAGA